AUGCCGGAUCCAAAUUUCCACCAACAUUGUCCUGGGACUCGUUUUUAUUUUUCCGAUAUCAGUGUGAGUAAUGUUGCCUUGCGUCUUCAAAAUCUGAAAGCUUCUAAAGCAACCGGUGUUGAUAACAUACCGGCAAAAUUUCUUAAGGCGGCAUCACAAAUCAUCGCUCCAUCGUUGACCGUUAUAUUCAAACAGCCUCUUUGCACUGGUACUUACAUAAACGACUGGAAAUUAGCUCGAAUGUCUCCGAUUUAUAAAUCAGAAGGACGAAAAAAGUGUGAAAAUUAUCGUCCAAUUUCGAUUCUACCCAUUAUGAGCGAAGUAUUCGAAAGAGAAGUGCUUACUAAAAUAUAUAAAUAUCUGAACGAAAACUCGCUAUUAUCAAAAUCUCAAUCAGGAAUUCGGACCAAAACAUGGAACUGUGGGCGCGCUUAUUCAGAU